AUGUCGAAUCAGGAGCUUCUUCCAAUCGAUGUCUCGGGGGACGUGGGUGCUAGAAUCCUGAGUGUCGAUGGAGGAGGAGUACGAGGUCUUAUUCCUGUGCAAUUACUCAAAUUCUUAGAGCACCAGUUGCAGAAAUUGGAUGGGGAAGAUGCCAGACUAGCAGAUUAUUUCAAUAUAAUGGCAGGUACCAGCACUGGAGCUCCUACCUAUUUUCCAUCUCACCAGUUUACAACAAAUUCCAGUGACGGAAAGACCCAAGUUUUUAACUUAGUAGAUGGAGGAGUAGCGGCUAAUAAUCCUACCUUGAUAGCAAUGAACUUAGUCACUCGAGCAGUUCAUCAGGAUACAAGAAUAGUCGACAAAAAGGAGCACCUUGACCACUUUGUUGUACUUUCUCUUGGAACGGGAUUAGAAGAGGGUAUUGAAUGGGACGCAAAAAAGGCUGCCACAUGGGGAAGCUUGAAGUGGAUUACUCACGAUGGAAGAACGCCUCUCAUAGAAUCUAUCAUGAAUGCAAGUUCAGACAUGGUCAACAUUCAUACAGCUUUGAUGCUCCAUCAUGUCAAAGAAAACUAUCUUAGAAUCCAGGAAUGGCAACUAAAAGUAAGCGAAGCAAAGAUGGACCUCAGUACGGAUGAGAACCUGAGGAAUCUUGUGAAGAAAGGCCAGGAACUAUUGGAUAAGCCUGUUAGAAGUUUAAAUUUGGAGACUGGGCGUCCUGAGACAGUGAAGAACGACUACACAAACAGGAUGGCAUUGACUAAAAUGGCUGAACGACUCUCCAAGGAGAAGAAGUUGAGGGAUAAACGGAGCGCAUCUUCUGCACAGCUGAUUUAUGUAGUGGUAAAUACAGCAAUUCAAGAUUUAGCUGUUUGUGGACAACAAGGCAAUGUAAGUUUUAUAUUCAUUCCAAAAGUGCUUGGAGUGGAUGCAUAA